CGGCGUGGCCGCCUCCUCCCUCGGCAGUGCAGGCUUGGUCUGCACCUUCAGUGGCCACAUCCUCCCUCGGCAGCACACCCUUCAUUGCUGGUGGUGGUGGUUGGGCUUGAUUUGGGUGGUGCGGCCAGGCGAGCCGAGGCUCUGGCCCUGCCUUGCUGCAGGCUAUUCCUCGUCUCCAACGACGCCUCCUCCAAGCUGCGGUGUUGAUUUCGUUCGAUUUGUGUGCUAUGGUGGUCUUCCUUGGCAUGCGGUUGAGGCCUCCGGUGGACCCUUUGUCGGCGCCGCUCCGGUCCUGGCGGUUUUGGACUUGCGUUCUCCCCUCAAGUGUCCAUAGCCUGCCUGCGUCCUUUGUCGCUGCGGUUCCGGCGCCGGCGCUCCUAUUGCUGCGUCUCUCCGGCCUUUGCCUCGCCGGCGUCCCGGCGACUUCGUCCUCGGCAGCUUGGAUCUGCGCCCCUUUCCGGCUCCUAGCUUGUCGAUGGCGUCAGUUGCCUUCCUUCCUCCGCGUCGGCUUUUUCGGCCCUGCCGCCCUUUGACCCCAUCCACCUCCACGGCGAGCCAAUCCCAAAGCUUGCGUUUUUUUCGGCGUCGCCCGAUGCCACCCACCAAUGGCAGGCGCAACCCCACCCAACCCCGUCGUGAGGUGGUGAUCUCGACUAGCGAAGCUACUUCCUCAUCUUCGGCCCCUGGUCCGUGGCAAUGGGAUUGCUCGGACUCAGGCCAGGGCGAAAUCCCUGCUCGGCUCGCCCAAGCUGGCAACGACGGCACCUGUGGGUGUCGUUUUCCUUCUUGGAGGCGCUGCCAUGGCCUCUACUCGUGCCCCUCUUUGAGCAUCGGGGGAAACCCUUGGUCCGGUUCUUCGGAUCGGAUGGCGGCGGCGUCACGAUGUCGUGCCCCUUCUUGAAGGCGUCAUCUUGUUUGCUCGCGGCGUCCCCGAUAUUGGUGUUAGAGAUGAUCGUCGCCUAGCCGGUUUGGCUUGCCCCUCUAGCUAGGCUUGGCUUGGUGAUUUAGCUGUGUUUUCUCUUUGUCCGGGUUGAGCAUACCGUCUCUCUGCUCUGGGUCCCAUGUCCACACCUUCUCAUGUAUGUGUUCGUGCUGUGUUGUACCCUCUUAUGUACUCAUUCUGCUUUUCUUCUAUCAAUGCAAUGAUACGCAAGCUUUGCGUAUUCGCGAAAAAACACACCAACAACAUGUUCUUUGCCCGUGUCCUCCUCCUUCUCCAUCGCCGGCAUAAUUAGAUAUCCGGCAUGUUCAGGUUGAUGGUGUGUCAUGCGAUCGCCGCCGCGGCUACGGGUGCAAGCCUUCUUGGCUUGUUUCCACCGCAGGUAUUGCUGCGCCUGACGUGUGAGCAAAGCACGGAGGAGGUUGGGAAAGUGCUCAUGCACCACACACACGGGUGCAAUCUCCCAUCUGGAUGGAUUUUCAUGCGUGGGCAUGCGGCCUGCGCUGGCGGCCAUGAGAUCUUGGCACCGACCUUAUGAGGGACGAGAGCAGAAGAGAUAGAUGAUGUGGGAGCAAGGAACAAGGGAAAGGGGACUAGUGUGUUUGUGUUGUAUUGUGCUUGCGAGAUAGAUAUAGAGGGGGUCCUGAAAGGGGAGCAAUGUUGUCAUCAUCUACCAACUAGUAACGCUUGAGCUAUGUGACGUGACACAUGGUGGCGAUAAGCAUGGCCACAUUGCCAAUAGAUCUAUCACUAGAGUUAGCAGCACACGUUGGAAAAUCAUGUGUUGACUAAUUACUGUGGUUGAUUUUUUCUUCUACCGAGCUACUCCCUCCGUCCGAAAAUACUUGUCAGAGACAUGGAUGUAUCUAGAUAUAUUUUAGUUCUAGAUACAUCUGUUUUUAUUCAUUUCUGCGACAAGUAAUUUCGGACAGAGGGAGUAUUUUAAGAUGACCCCUCUUAUCUUCUACUCCGAGACCAUUCAUCAACGGUACAUUUGAUCAUUCAUCAACGGAGUAUGAGGUAAGGGAAAUGUUUAAUCUCAACUGUCCAUUCAUCAACAAUACUUUUUUUAGAGGAAACAAUCACCUUAUUAUUACUUAGUACAUGGCACCAUCAGCCAGUAAAACAUCUCGAUACAAACUGGAGAAACACUAAACCAAGUUUUGCAUAAAUUUAAAAGCCAACCCUCCAUAGCUAAGUUAUGAGCAGCUUUGUUCGUUGUUCGCCUGGCCCAAGCCACUCAAUACUCGGUGACCGCUUGUCAGCAUCUCAUUUAUUUCCUCGACAAGAGGACCAUGAAUACUGUUCUAAUUAUUGCAACUACUACUUGUUUAUUUUGCUUUUGAUAUCAAAUAUUCAUGGAAUGCAUACAUACAUAAUAUGCCUGCCUUAUUAUUGGAUAACACAUUUUUAGUUUCUCUAUUCAUCAUUUUUUUAAGAAAUACGAACUUUUGCUCUAAUCUUGUAUUACCAUUGUAGAAUAUUCAUACUAAAUAUACCUUGUAACAUUUUAUUAGUUUCACUGUUAGUUACGGAAAACUAUCUAAUCAGUUGUUGAUCCAAAAUUUCAGCAUGAAACAGUACAUCGACAUAAGUUAAACCAUAUCAAAAAAUUGAUCGUGGGCGAUUUUUUUUCUAUGUUGGAAUUUGUUUCACAUCAACUGAAUUAUUUGUCACUUCCAAAUUAUUUUGUUUCUCUUAUAUGGUAUUAAAGUGAGUACUUAGAUUUUAAUUAAAGGUUCAAAAGUUACCAAGAAUUUUUCCUAAAAAAAAAGGUUACCAAGAAUUAGCUGCGUUUUACUCACUACAUGAAUAUGCAAUUUAUGGACUUUGUGUGGUGAAAGUGACACGUAUAUUCACUAUCCAAGUUGGCUACCUAUUAACCUAGCUAAAAAGGUGUUAAAAAAAACUAGCUAAAAAAGAAUGUAAUGAUAGAGACGUGGAGCCCUAAAAAAAAGAUAGAGACGUGGCAUGUAGAAAAGUGACAUGGAAAUUUGAGCACUACAUGCUAUAUUUCCUAAUUUAACAUCAUAUUUUAAUGACAUAAUAGUUUCUUUUCUUACUUGCAAAAAGGGAAAAUUUUCAAGAGGUGAUAUACUAGCCAUCGAUCGGAUGCUGCAAAAUGGACGGUUCAUAUUAAUUGGGCCUAUCCUUAAAAUUCGCUUUGCAUACUUAUUUGGGCCUAAUGACUAAAUCCCAAAUAUAUACUGCCUGUCUCCUUCCCGAUUCCCGAAUAAAGAAACCAUCCACGCUUCAACCCUCGGCCACGCGCGCCGCCGCCGCCGUUCCCUCGUGGCAACCAUGGCUGGCGCUGGCAGUGGCAGACCACCCGGCGGCGAUGGCAACUGCAGUGUGAUUUAUUCACCCUAUCCGCGGUCGCCGCCUCUUGCUCCUUGCCUGACCUACCUGUUCCAACACUUCGGCCUGGACAAGAUCGGCGAUAUCAUGAACCGUCCCGAUGGCAAGACGUUCGAGCAGAGGAUCGUCCACCUACGAGAGGCACUAGAUGCUUUCGAACGUGCUCGUGACAUAUUCCACGUGGUCGAGGUCGACGAGGGCGGCGACGAGGAUGAGGACGAGGACGAGGACGAGGAGGAUGAAGAUCUCUUAGGUGAUGAAGAUGAAGAUGAAGAAAAACCAGAUAUCGUGAAACGGCCACAUGCUCCUAUUGAAGGCGAACUGGAAUGCAAGAAGCCACAGAUAGCACAAGACUUGAGGUGCCGAUUAUGAGAAGAACCUGAGUCUGGAGGGACAGAGAAUUCCUCGCGGUAGUUAGUGAUUUACGUGUGCUGUAUGAAGCACACAGCCUAUGUUUACUUAGUUUACAUUGCACCAACAUAUUUCAAGAUGCACUUGUUUAUACUCUUGAGGAAGCUGCGGUUUGGACAAUCUAAAAUGUUUAGAGUUGCACUUGUUUAUACUUCAGAGUAAGCUGCAGUUGGGUCUGUAGUUUA